CUGAAGAAGACAGCAUGGUGCGGGGACCUUCAAUGUUGUGCAGUCUGUCAACCUCUUAGAAAUGAAAGUCUUUAUACAUAUCUUCAGAUAAUCUACUCGGAACAGUCAGACAGUAGUUGCCGCUCUCAAAGUCUGGACAUACCAUGGAGCCCAUAAUGAAUCAGAUUUGGCCGAGAGUCUUCCAGCAGCUCCACAGAACCUCAGUACUUCCCCGCAGGAACCAUUCAGGAUGUGCUGAGCAUGCUAAUGUCCCUGCCUCCACCAACUCCAAACGUAUAAAGCCCACACUCCUGGUGUCCCGCCUCUACCAGCCCUCAAACCUGCGUGAUAUGGGACAGGACAGCCGGCUGCAAGGAGAGAUGACUUGUAAGAGCCAAAGGCUCAUGCAGAAGGCCGGGCUCAUCCAUCCGUCAAAUCCUGGUUGUUACUACUACCUUCCUGCCACUGUCCGCUCCAUGGAGAAGCUGGUGAGAGUGAUUGACCAAGAGAUGCAGGGGAUUGGCGGGCAGAAGCUGGACAUGCCCAGUUUGUGCUCAGCUGAUCUUUGGAAGACCAGUGAGCGCUGGGACCUGAUGGGAAAGGAGCUGUUCCGCCUGAAAGAUCGUCACGGAGCUGACUACUGCUUGGGUCCAACACACGAGGAGGCAGUGACAACUCUAGUCGCUCACCAGGCGACACUCUCCUACAGACAACUCCCUCUGCUUCUCUAUCAGAUCACCCGCAAAUUCAGAGAUGAACCAAAGCCAAAGUUUGGUCUGCUUCGAGGGAGGGAGUUUUACAUGAAGGACAUGUACUCAUUUGAUGUGAGUGAAGAAGCAGCUUACGAGACCUAUGAAUCUGUGUGCCAGGCGUACACCAGGCUCUUCGCCCGGCUGGGUCUGCGAUGCGUUCAGGUGCAGGCAGACACAGGAAAUAUCGGCGGUAAACUCUCCCACGAGUUUCAGCUGCCAGCCGACAUCGGUGAGGACCGGCUACUGGUUUGUGGGAACUGCUCCUUCUCUGCUAACGUAGAGACCAUGUCAUCAGACAGAACUGACUGCCCACAGUGUAAAACUGGCACACUGGUAGAGUCAAAGGGUGUAGAGGUCGGCCACACCUUUUACCUGGGUAAAAAAUACUCUCACAUAUUCAAUGCCACCUUCAGCAAUGCCCAGAACAAGCCUAGUAUAUCAGAGAUGGGUUGCUAUGGUCUUGGGGUUACCCGUAUUCUUGCCGCAGCCAUCGAGGUGUUGUCAACAGAAGAGGGGAUCCGUUGGCCAGGCCUUCUCGCCCCUUACCAGGUGUGUGUUUUACCCCCAAAGAAGGGCAGUAAGGUGGAUGAGGCAGCAGUCUUAGCUGAGGAGCUGGUUCACACUUUGGGAGACACUCUGCCACGUUUAAGAGGUGAGGUUGUUCUUGAUGACCGUGCGCAGAUGACCAUUGGGAAGAGGCUGAAGGAUGCAGGCAGACUGGGCUACCCAUAUGUCAUUGUAGUAGGACAGGGAGCUCUGGAGGAAACACCCAGGUUUGAGGUGAUCUGUCAGCAGACAGGUGAGACAAUUUUUCUCAGUAAAGAUGGACUGUUGGAUCUUCUGGGAAGAGUGGAAACUGUAUGAAAAACAACUCUCAAUGUGGAAAUAAAGUUUUUAUAUUUGUGUGCAUGAUUUAAUCAAAGAGGUGGUGGGAAGAGAACACAAAAGCCUUGUGUGUUUUGUUUUGUCUAAAAGGACUGCAAGAUCUGUUUUUGUUUUGCAAAGUUAUAAAGACUAUGACUUACUUGAAUUUGCUUGAUAAUGGACCUCAGGAUAUUAGAUAGCAUUUGGUUACCAUGAUGUGAUACACAAUUAAUUUUUGUGGCUUUUCAUGUUCCAGUACAAAUAAAAAUGAGGUGAGGUGAACAGAAAAAAA